AUGGUACAACGGGAGGGCGGCUCGUUUUGUCUCGGCGAGGAGGAGCUGUGUAAACCAGACUGGGUGGAGCAACGCAUCGCCCAGCCCCAUCCCUGUGCAGACGGCCUUGUGUCCCGUGCGCCCGGAGCUCGGAGAGAGACUACUGUACUGCGAGUCUGGCGGAAAGAGAGAGAGGGGGCCGGUCUAUGGGAGGGGCUAGCGCAAAGGGGGGAAUUGGAAGGAGGAGGGGGCGAGGAGGAGGAGGCGGCACGGGUGCUGUUUCUCCAGUCUCUUUCCCCUGUCUUUGUCUCACACACUCUUUUGUUAGCCAUGCCUAGCCUGCUGGUUCUAGCAGGGAUCAUGGAGAAAAAUGGGGGCUACGGCAGGGAUCUGGCCGGCUCCGGCUUCGGAAGUGAGGGUCUCCUUGUGCCGCCCGACGAGGAGGAAGACGACUCCCGUGCCCUCAGGGUCGCGCUGGGCCAGCUGUCUCUGCUGGGGCUCGGGGAAGGCGAGGACGGCGGCGGAGCCCCCACAACAGGAGUACAGGACCGGAGCAACAAUAACAACAACCACCACAACCACACGAACAGCGUCGGGGGCGGCGGGGACGCGGCGAUCCUGCAAGGGAAGAGCAAGUUGUGCGCCCUGUACGAGAGCUCCUCAAGUGAGACGAAAGGACGAGGCUGCAACAUCACAGAAUGCGUCCCAGUGCCCAGCUCUGAACAUGUGGCCGAAAUAGUGGGGAGACAAGGUUGCAAGAUCAAAGCCUUGCGGGCCAAGACCAACACCUACAUCAAAACCCCCGUCAGAGGAGAGGAACCUGUGUUCCUGAUCACUGGCCGGAAGGAGGAUGUUGCACUGGCCCGCCGUGAAAUCAUCUCUGCUGCGGAGCACUUCUCCAUGCUGCGGGCAUCCCGCAACAAGCUGGGAGUGUCCUUCAGCGGUUCCCCGCCCACACCUUUGCCAGGCCAGACCACCAUUCAGGUGAGAGUGCCAUACCGUGUCGUGGGGCUGGUGGUGGGGCCUAAAGGCUCCACCAUCAAACGCAUCCAGCAGCAGACCUGCACUUACAUUGUCACUCCGAGUCGGGACCGUGACCCGGUCUUUGAGAUCACAGGCUCCCCGAGUAACGCCGAGCGGGCCCGUGAGGAGAUCGAAGCACACAUCGCCUUUCGAACGGGAGGCCUGCACGACCACAACAAUGAGAACGACUGUCUAGGGCCGAACGGUGGAAGCAGCCCGGCGGGCAGCAGCGGCGGUCUGGAGAGCCGGCUACAGCAGGUGUGGGGGCUGCAGGGGGGCCAGCGCAAGCCUCUCACCAGCAGCUACCGCCAAAACUUCUCAGAUGCCAUGGUUGGAGGAGGAGGGGGAGGAGGUAGUGAGGGAGGGGGAAUCUACAACAAAGGCAACUUCUCCAGCUCUGGAGAGAAGCCCUGCUCGUAUUUUGGAUCCGACGGUACCCAGAGCUGGGGUGACCCCGACUACCCCAAACAGGUGGCCUUCUACGCCCAGCAGCGCUCCAAAAGCUUCGGAGGCCUCCCGCUGCCCCUAACCAGACUGUCCCCCGGCUUACCUGAGCCCUGCGGAGGCGGAACCACCAACAACUCUUCAGUCACCAGCAUUGUGCCCGUAGCCGGCUCACCUCACGCCCAGGCCCGCCGUGCCCACAGCGAGCCCACCUCAGCCGGCGAGGGCUUCCCCGGCCGUCUGCCGGUGCCGGACUCGCCGCCGGCCACCGUGCGGGACUGCAUGACCUGCUUUGAGAGCAAAGUGACGGCUGCCUUGGUGCCCUGUGGCCAUAACCUCUUCUGCAUGGAGUGUGCCAUCCGAAUCUGUGAGCUCAACCACCCGGAGUGCCCAGUGUGCCACACCCAGGUCACACAGGCCAUCCGGAUAUUCUCUUAAAGAACCACGCCAGUUUUUACCAUUAG